AUGAACGUAGUAGAGAAAGAAAAAGCUUUUCCACCACCUGGACAACGAAACGGACCCACACUCCGAGAACAAUUCGCUGUACCUUCGCGAACAAUAAAUCAAUUCAGACUUGGUGUCGAUCAAAUGCGUCGAACAAACUGGAAAUCAACUAGUUCCAGUUUCUCGAGAAGCCCGCGUAAUCGUCGUGGUACAGGCAGAGGUCGAGCAUCGACAUCGACCUCUUGCAUACCCAGAUCUUCCCGUAAAUACAUAUCACGAUCUGGUACAAAGACCACCGAAGGCACUACUUGCAGCAUGAUCGAAUCUGGCGGCAUUAUUCUUGCAAUAACAACCGGUCGAGGUGAAGCCAAAGCAGAAGUCGGGAUGGCCGUUUUGGAUAUCCGAUGUCCCCAUUUGAUUCUUUGUCAAAUCAGCGAUUCCCAGAUAUACACAAACACGUUGAGCAAGUUGUACUUGUUCGAUCCGAUAGAAGUUUUAAUGCCAGAGACGAUGUGCGACAGUGCAGCGAACAGAAACAUUCUCCACCGCUUCAUCAGAGAUAAGUUUCCCGAACUGCAGGUGACCGCGAUAUCGCGAGUUCACUUUAACGACAAAGUGGGACUCGAACGAGUGAAAACCCUCUGCAUAGCCGAUUAUUCUUCGGUGGAAUUGUUCGUUAAGGAAAAGUAUUAUGCGUUAGCGGCGGCAGCAGCUUUAUUAAAAUAUGUCGAAUACGCGCAGCGUAUCGUCUACACUCCGAAAUCGAUGAAGAUCGAAUUUCACGUAUCGCAAAACUCCACUACUUUAGAUUUAGAGAGCUCGCGAAGUUUAGAGCUGGUUCAAUCGCAAUGCGGUGAACGGAACGUUAGCUUGCUAGGUAUCCUGGAUAACUGCUGUACACCGAUGGGAAGAAAGCUAUUACGCGCCAACAUCCUUCAGCCUCCGUGCAACGAGCACAUCAUCCUCGAGCGACAAGCUUCCAUCGCCGAACUGGUGGCCAAUCGUUCGUUGCUAGUUCUGCUUCAGCCAAUCGUACGGCAACUCUACGGAGCCGAUAGGCUUUUAGCGUUAUCCACCGCGCCUGUUCUGCAGGAAAACAACGUGCAAUGCGCGGAGCAGAAUUUAAAUUAUUUGUUGCUCUUGAAAAAUUUGAUGGAAGUAGUUCCUGAACUCGAAGCUGCUCUUUCCUCCGCCGAAACCGACAUCCUUCGAACGAUUCGAAAGAAACUGGAGAAUCCUCAGUUCCGUAUGAUAAAGGAAAGAAUCCUUGAAACGAUACAUCCAGAUGCGAGAGCCGUGUCAGGAUACACAUCGUCCAACAUGCAACGUUGCUUCGCUAUCAAAGCUGGGAUCAAUGAUUUGCUGGAUAUUGCUCGUCAAACAUAUUGCGAGCUAAUCGACGAUAUGAAGUCUAUGGUGGAGAAUCUAGCGUCCAAGUAUAAAUUACCUUUGUCCUUGGGAUGCAACGUGUCGUUAGGCUACCACAUCCAAGCGAUACUGCCGCGUACCUUAAACGCGGAAACCUUUGAUCUACCAACCGAGUUCAUAGAGGUACGAAAGAAGAAAAGAGUCUACACGAUGACUACCGCUAUGCUGUCAACAUUGAGCCAACAGUGCAGAAUCGCGUCCGAAGAAUUGCACGUAAUGAGCAACGUAAUCCUUUGCGACUUGCUCCAAUGUCUCCGAGGGUACAUAAACUGUUUGUUUCAUUUGAGUGCCGACGUAGCAGAGCUGGACUUGAUGAUUUCCCUCGCCAAAGUCAGUUCCGUGCAAACGUAUGUCAGGCCAACGUUUGGACCUAAGCUUGAAUUAAUUGAUUCGAGGCACCCGAUAUUGGAAGUUUUCGGUCUCGAUGCGCCUAUACCGAACAACGUUAAUGCGUCGACACCCUGGAAUUUCCACGUCAUCUCAGGCCCCAACAUGAGCGGCAAAUCGACCUACCUCAAGCAGAUCGUUUUGUUGCAUAUAAUGUCGCAGAUUGGUUGCUUCGUGCCAGCGAAGAAGGCUGUGUUUCGUAUAACGGAUCUCAUAUUUUGCAAGAUAGCUAUCCGCGACGACAUCGAGUACAACGCUUCCACGUUUUCUGUCGAAAUGAAAGAAGCCCAAUAUAUUUUGCGGACCGUGACGCCCACCUCGCUGAUAGUUUUAGACGAAUUGUGCAAGAGCACCGCGAUGGAAGAAGGUGGCUCCAUCGCGUGGGCUAUAUGCGAACGUCUUUUGAACACGUCCGCGUUUGUUUUCGCGUCGACUCACUUUGCUUAUCUGACAAAACUGGCGAAUUUGUACUACAACGUAACCAAUCAUUACUUCGAGACGAUAACGUUGCGUGAAACAACGGAAACAGAUAAUUGUUGUCGAUUAACGUACACUCAUCGGUUGAAACUCGGAGUGGCGACUAUGAGCGAUUACGGUAUCGUUUUAGCUGAAUCGUCCGGUUUACCAAAGUCUGUCACGGAUGCAGCUCGGAAAUUUGCUUCCGAACGACUGAUCGUCGAUCGAAUCACGAUCGAGUCGAACUCUUGGGAACACGAGUGUUACAACAUCGUGGGUAAAAUGUACGAGUUUCUAGAAAUGGACAAGUUCGAUCGAGUAGAAGUAGCGAAGCUUCUUGAAGAAAUUGCGAAGCUUCGGUGGCAAGAAGAAGACGAGGAUGACAAGAAUCAGGACGACGCGAAAAACAAUGACGAGAAUAAGGAGAUCAAGGAGGGAGAAGGCUCGAACGAGCCUAUACCGAUACCAAUGGCUGUGAUUUCGAGAAAAAGUUUCGACGAACCGAAAAAAACGUCGCUCGACGAGACCAUCGUUAUAGCGGAUAAUAAUUUCCCAGCGUGUUCGCUUUCGUCUGCCUCUGUAGCGUAUACGAACGCAUCGUUGGUGUUCCAUCAUAUGCAAAACAGAAGUGUCGAUUUUCAAAACGUCCCUCUCAGUUUUAGUCGCAACGAACCAAACGCGUCGCGUUCUUUCGCAUUUAAUUCGAUCAAUCUUUUAUUCCCUACUUCGAUAGCAACUAAACAUGCGCCAGCAUCGAACAGCCUCGAGAAAAAUCCGUCCACGUUAAACAGUUUGAAAUUUCCAUGUAGCGAACGAUGCUCCAACGGACCCCGUUCGUUCAGCUUCACGACCAACGACUCGGUUCCGUCCUUUCCGUUUACACCUGACAAUGAGUCGGUGUCGGGAACGAUGUGCAUGUCGAUGAGUACAAACGAAUCGUUGCAAAAGUCGUUGCACGAGUAUUGUCUCUCCGACAACGAUUUGGUACCACUCGAUAUUUCUCAGGUCUCCAUUCCUUCGAGCAUAGCGACGAAUAGCAACAACUUGUUGAGUCGCCAAGAGAAGUAAAUAAAUCGACAUAAAUAUCAUUGUAACAUUCAACGUGUACUUGGAAUACAAAGCACAA